CAGGGUGGUGGUUAGAGUGGGAUAGCGAGGAGUUUGCUUGACGGGUGCGUGGUCCAGUGUGGAGUAACUUAAUACCGGUAUCGUUCUGAAAUUUACACUGGGUUCCGACACUAACAUUCCUAAGCACUUUUUAACUUUAGGAUCUCCAUGAUGACCGCUGUCGGUAUCUUGAUGCCGGGUGGUGACACGGUAGUCUCCUCGUUCACGAGGGGUGGAUGACCACCGAGGUUGCUCCGAUCGUCCCAUCCACCAGAGUUCUCGACGAUGAUCUUCGCUACUUAGCCAAGGCUUCUCGAGCCACACUUCUGGAUCUUCGAUGACAGUCUCAGCACCAUUUGUCACCAGCGUGAAACCAAUUCAGCUGUUCGCUUGAUGGUGUAGCCUCUCCACGUCACGAUAACCUGCGUGGAACAUCGCAUCAUGGGAAGGGGAGUGCGGGGUCGCCUUUGAUGGUGGUACGGCAUGAUGCGGACCUCUCAAGUCACUCAGGGAUCUGGAUCGAGCGGGAAGGGGGCGCUCGAUGCUGUUGCGAUGUGUAGGGCGUUGCGGAUAAUACUUAGCUACCGGUGCAGGCAUUGGUUUUCCCAUGGUAUGUGAGAGGAGUCAGGGUGGUCCACCGUGUGCUAAUUUCGUUUUCCCCUCGUAGGGCAUACCUGGGAUCGGCCACUUUAGCAUAAUGAUUUGGGAGAAGGGAGAAGAAACAAAAGCGAAAAGAAUGAGAAGACAUCUCCCCGGGCACUUUUACUCUGCUCGAGUAUCAUAGUCUACUCGUACGUCGUACUACAGUACUAGCACCUUGCACUUGGAUUCCCCGAGAGCUGUGAUUGCAAUCAAGCACUUUGUCGCGUGAGUCUCCAGAAGUGAAUGGACAUAUAUCCAUCGGACCAUUCAUCGCCCUCCAUCAACCGGUUGAACUCCCUUGAAUUAUGCAGGUUUCAGCCUUUUCUCGCCGAAACAGCUAGCCCCCCAGUCGGCCUUUCCCCAUAUUUCCACGAACUCCGCCAUGAGGAAAAUAUCCUAAAACGAGAGGGAGCGCAGGGAGAAAGAGGGAAAAAUGGAAGGGUGGAAUCAAAUUAACUUUAAAAGUAAGGCGAAGCCCUGAAAAGGAAGAAAAAGGAAUAAAUAUCAACGAUAAUAAUAAUAAUAUUAUUGUAACCUUAAUAUCAUACCAGUAGUAAUAAGAAAUACCUUACCACCUCCCACCGUGCGAAAAGAAAACAAUAAAAAAACGAUUAUUUCACAAUUACCAUCACCCAAAUGGCCCGCUCACGCUCUCCGCCCCUCGCAUUCCUCUCCCAACCGCCACUCCCCGCAUUCAAUCUGCAGCAACCCUCGCUGCCCUGCAGUCGCCCUCACACUUUCUCCUCCACCGCCGCGAGCCCAGCGAGGGAGAGCGAUGCUUACGAAGCGAUCCACAAUCAGUACCAGAAACUCCUCUCACACGAGCGGGAGGGAAUGGAGCUCGAGCGAACCUUGUGGCUAUCCGAGCGACAGUUUUAUCUUGAGAAGAUUGUGAAAUUCGAGUCGACAAUAAAGCUGCUACGCGAGGAGCUGGAAAAGGCAAAGGCUUCCGUCUCGGGUGGUGGGCCCAGGGACGAGGAGGGGGAUCAGGACCCUGAAAAAGAUAACCUCGCCGUCAUCACUUCCCCGCCCCCACCGGUCACCGGUCCCAUUCCGGGCGCGGAGUCUCCACCUGCCGACGUGCCGAUCAGGCCCACCGAGGCCGAAUCGCCGGAGGUUGAAGAGGCGCAGACGCCGAAACAGGAGAAUGGGGUUGAGCAGUUCGCCAGGCCCUUCUCCGAGUUGGACGAGAAGACUACGAAUUUGCUCUACGAGCAGGCGAGGAGGAUAGUCUACCCGCAACGGACAUGGCCUGAGGAAAAGAUUGUUCUCGAUGACGAUGGGGAAGGCGAUGAUGAGGACAUCAAGUUGAUUUUGAAGAAGAACACCAACUUUGGCUGGGCUUUUUAGUAUACCAUUGCGAAUAGGUUUGAAACAUCCGUCUCUCCUCUCACUUGCUUUCGUUUAUUCGCCCGCCGCUGUUUUUUCACCAAACCUCAACAUCGGAUAUAUAUCGCGAUACCUCGAGGGCGAUGGUGGACAUUAAGGGCAUUUGCGGUUUUUAUUUAUUUUUAUUUUAUUACGGAUUAUUUCGUUACGGGGUUAGUGGGGUUAUUGUAUGCGUUAGGUUUCGGAUUUCUCAUUUUACUGCGGCUUAUGUGCCCGAUUGUGAUACCUCGUCCCCGUUUCUUGCGAUUUGUUCCUUUUGAGUAGCCUUAAUGGAGGUGGGGGAAUAGUUGGUUAUUCGAAUGUGUUGGUGUUGAUGGGCAGCUCUUUAUUAUUGAGCGGUUAUUCUCUGUUUAUUUUAUCUAUCAAGGCCUUUUUUCCUGUUUAUCACGGAGGGGCAUUAAUCAGGGGGUCCAUAGUUGAUUAAUGUUAAAUAUUUUCUGUAACGGGAUGUACCAGCACAGUACCGGGAGAUCAGCAGUUGUCUGCACCCAGGCCAAUGGCGGGGUGCGAUCCACUUCUGAGUGUGAUACUGGUACGGUACUACAAUGCUGGGUCAGUUUUCGUCUAUGACCAGAUUCUGUUACAAUGACAUUAAACCUGAUAACGAAAACCACACCUACGGGGCAUUUUGUCAUAAUACAGAGCAAGUUCUUCCU